AUGGGGCAGACGCCGCGAGUGCUUCUGUCGUGGCAGCGCCAGAGCGGCCUCCGGCUCGAGCUCAUCCUCUUCAAUGGAGGAGGGCGACGGGAAUGGCUUGUCGAGCAGGUGGAGCUCGUCGCCUCCUCCCCCUCCACUCUCUUUGCCGACCACAUCAGAGGAGGCUGCCGCUCCUCUGCUUCGGCUUCCGACGCGUGCUCCACAUCGCUGCAGCACCGGCAGGCCAACGCCUCGAAAAUGCGCACACCUCGGCCGCCUCCUUGUCCUCUACCGCGGCCGUACCCGUCUCCGACGCCGACGACGGCGCCGCCGUGCCAAUCGGACAGCAGGGCCAUCCUGAUCGACACCAAGUCUGAGAAGGUGUGCUUCGCAGAGGCAGGCAACGAUGUCGUGGAGUUCCUCACCGGUCUCCUGUCCCUGCCGCUUGGCACUGUUGUCAACCUGUUGACAAAGGAUCGCAUGGGCGGUAGCCUUGGCAACGUGCUCAGCAGCGCGGAGAAACUGGACGCGAAAUACAAGAUUAAAGAGCGGCGUCUCAGCCCGGCUGUCGGCCGAGCUACGCUCUCCUGCCUACAACAGCUACUGAGUGCGCAGCUCAACAACGCAACGACACUCGCCCCUGACCCUGUUGGAACAACAACAGCCACGUCACUACCUACAUCCACGUACACGAUUGGGGACGACCUUUCGGUGACUCCGGCAUCUUUUUUCACGACUAUUUCGUUGUUGGGCAUCACAGAGCUUGGCACCCUGGACCUCAGUGCACUGCAGCAAAAGACUGUAAAAAUCGGCAAAGAAGAGGCGCUGGAGAUACUCGUUGCUUCCCUCAAGUCGGAGACCGUCCUGACAGACGUCUUCCUGCCGAAGAAGAAGGCUCGCCGCUAGAGACUAGAGAGAAGCUCCUGAGGAAGUUAAUCGGAUAUUACUUGGUGCUCGCUAUUUUAGAAUUUUAGAUACCUUUUUUGACAUAUCAUAUUUACGAGAGCAAGGAGGUAGACAUGAUUGACUUGGUACUGAUUGCAUUUAUCCGAUUUUUACUCCUUUGGGACAUUUCGUGCUAUAUUUCAUAUAAAAAUUGUUCUAGUUUUUACCCUAUUCAA